ACUAAAAAAACAAACAAAUCUUAAUGAACAAUAAGAACAAGUACAAGUGAAUGAAACUAGUCUGAUAUCAUCAUCAAUUCAUCAUCAUCAUCAUAAGUGAUAAAAGCCAUACUCUGCGAUCCACGUCAUCAUCCUCAACCUCUUUCCCACAACACAGAAACAUACAAACAUCAUCAAUCUAUCUCUCUCUUCGUACCAUUCAUCUCUGGAUUUCUUGUUGAAGAUGCGACGCGGUUCAUCCAAAAAAUCUGGUCAAUCCAAUCCCUCCGUCAAUUCAUCUGCCGCGGAUCUCUUCCGUUCCGCUUCAAGUAAAGCAAACUCAAAGGAACUGGAGCGGAUUGAUAGUCUAUUUUAUACGUAUGCCAAUGGAUCUUCUGGGUUGAUUGAUCCAGAAGGAAUUGAAGCACUUUGUGCUGAUAUAGAGGUGGAUCAUACUGAUUUGAGGAUUUUGAUGCUUGCGUGGAAAAUGAAAGCUGAGGAGCAAGGAUAUUUUACCUUGGAUGAGUGGAGGAGAGGCUUAAAAGCACUAAGGGCCGAUACAGUAAGUAAAUUGAAGAAGGCACUUCCAGACCUAGAAAAGGAGGUCAGGAGACCGUCAAAUUUUUCAGAUUUCUAUUCUUAUGCUUUCCAAUAUUGUCUAACAGAGGAGAAGCAGAAAAGCAUUGAUAUCGAGAGCAUUUGUGAAUUACUUACUCUUGUUUUAGGCUCAACAUUUCCAACCCAAGUCAACUUAUUUGUGGAAUAUUUGAAGAAUCAAAAUGAUUACAAGGUCGUAAACAUGGACCAGUGGAUGGGAUUUUUCCGGUUUUGCAACGAGAUAAGUUUUCCGUCGCUUAGUGACUAUGAUCCUGAACUUGCGUGGCCCUUAGUUCUGGAUAAUUUUGUGGAGUGGUUGCGAGAAAAGCAAAAGUAAUCUAAUAUCUGUCAACCAUCUGAUUAUCUGUACCGUGCAAUAACUGCACUCCUUUGAGCAAGAGAAACUGUUGGAUUACCAAAUCAGAUGGGUGGCUUGUGGCUCGUUUAUUGUACUCAACAAGAUACACUGUUGUUAUGCUGGCCCAGUUUCUUAAGGGGCAUUCUAAAUAUAAACUCUUGUUACUUCUAUUUGAAAAAAUGUUUCAUCUUAUAGGUGUUUAUAGAUGCAGUUGAGGUUAGAUACAAGCUUGUACUUUGUAAUCAUUACCAAUGCCAACACCAUAUAUUCUAUUCAUAUCAUUCACCUAAGAGCUUUAAUGCA